UCAAGUAAGGUUUUGGGAAAUUUAGCGUAAGUGAGAAGAAAUAGCGCGUAAGUGUGUGCUUACGUCGUUAUAGCAAGAAAGGAGGGUUUUAAGGACUCUUAAGAACUAAACGGCCAGCAGGCCCCUCCUACGGGUGAUCAAGGAUCGGAAGGGUCAACCCUGCAGCCAGGAGCGACCGGGAAAGUGCGGAAAGUGAGCUAGAAGUACCAGGACGGCAGAAGACCAGUACAGGUCAUCUACGGACUUAGAAUAAUUUCGAAUAGUGAGAGUCGUAUAGUGUUUUGGGACUUAUAAAUUCGGCUAAGACGAAAACCGGACUUAGAAAAUUUCAAAGAAGUUGGACUUAGAAUUUUUCGGGAGAGUCUGAGAAAAGAGGGCUGUCAUCGACGUGCCUGGGUGUGGUCGGGACGCCAAUCAGAAAAGUGUGUGUAUAAUUGUGUAUAAGUGUCUCUGUGUGUGUAUAGUAUAAGGUGUAUUAGUAUCGGUACUUGGGUGUUUUUAGAAUUCUUGAAAUAUAAGUGCUUUCAUAUAUGGGUACAGGAAAUAUAGCGUAAGUGGAAAGGAAUAACGCGUAAGUGAGCACUUACGUCGUUACAACGAUAAAAGUAGGGUCGAAGGACAGGAAAAGGCCAGCAGGUACUGCUUGCAGGGGAUUCAAGCCUGCAAGGGCCAACCCUGCGGUCAGGAGCGAACGGGAAAGAGCCGAAAGUGAGUAGAAAGUACCAGGUCGGCAGAAGACCAGUACAGGUCAGCUACGGACUUAGAAAAUUUUCGAAUAGUAGAAUCGUAUAGCGAACUUGGACUUGUAAAAUUUUAGCUCGGAUAGAAAUCGGACUUAGAAAAAUUACUGGAGAAUUCGGACUUAUAAAAAUCUCUGAAGAGUCGAGGAGUGAGCCAAGUGCGGGACUUAGAAAAUUUCAAAUAGAAAGUAAGAGAGGACUUGCUAAAAAUUUAUAAGUCAACGGAAAUCGGGGACUUAGAAAAUUUUUGUAGAAUCCAAGGACAUAAGUGUUUAUUGAAAUAAAAGUAGGAGAAGCUGCUUAAGUGCUUCUAUAAGGUGUCAGAACCGUUGGCAGUGCACAUAAAGCGUAAUUGUAGAAGUCCGAGAAAUUUAACGUAAGUGCAUGGAAAUACCGCGUAAGUGGUCAGUUACGCUGUUUCUGACAUAAAUAAGGGUUACUAAGGAUCCAAGGCCAACAGCCCCCCCCCCUAGUGUGAUUUGAACCACGUGGGGCCGGCCCUGUGGCUAGGAAAAGGCGGGAGUACAGCUGCUUGGGAGCCGAAAGUAUCAGGCAAACAGUAGGAAGCAGAAGGUCGACGCGGGACUUAGAAAAAUUUCCGAAUAACGGGCGAAGACGAAAACUGCAGAAAAUUUAUAAGUACACUCAAAAAAGGGGACUUAGAAAAUUUUUGGAGUGUUUUGAACUUUGAAAAUUUUCCUAUGCUUCCUGUGUAAAGUCAGGGGAAAAUGACAUAAGGUCCAGAAAUCGGGACGAACACCAGGAAAUCCCAGGAAAUAAGGGUAAAAGGACGUAUUUAGUGGUACUUAGACGGAGAGAAGGGAUAAGGGCUACACAGAACCGGUAGUUGAGUGGUUUUGGCAAAAUAUCUAGAGCGAGGAGACUUAAACGCUGCGAGAAGGAAGGGGAAAAAGCCGAAAAUCGCGAAUAUCUUAGAAACCAGUGGAGAUAGGCGGAAACUGACAUCGGAAAUCCAUACCUACGGGGUAAACCUACUUUAGGGGGACCUAAAGGAAGGGGUAUACCCAAAGGUGCGAGAAAGGAUCCAGGGGGGGUUUUUGACCCCUAGGUGACUGAAAGCCGAAGUGGCAAGGACCUAGCUGGUUGUAAAAGAAGAUAUAAGGCCUGUAAGGGAGAAAAACAAGUGAAAGGAAAGGAGAAAUAACAAAGGGGUGAAGACAACCUUACCUGGAAGGUUUAAACCCUUUAGGUUGAAGGUAGUAGAAAGAGAAAUAACGAUGAGAAGAACGCAAAUGAUGAGGAAUAAGGAAGGUAGGCAGUAUCUAGCGAGACUGGAAGAGGAGAUCAAGAAGGGAUUUGAUCAAAGAAUCAGAACAAUAGGCAACGCCUAUCGGGUACUACAGGAGGAACCGAUAAGAGGAAUGGACAGAGAGCUGGAGGAAAAAGUAGAGUGGGCGAGAAAGAGACUAGAAAACAGGUUGAAGAUUCAAGAGUGUGCGGCGGAGGUACCGAAGAAAGAGAACAAGGAAAGAUCGGAGUUGAGGGCGGCGGCAAAUAUUGCCGCAAAGCUUGCGGCCCCACAAGGCAGAGCAAAGGAAAAAGGGACCUUCAGCGCAAUCAAUAAUGAUUACCGACAGAGGAGUGUAUCGAGGACGGUGCCGCAAACUAUCAUAGUGGAAAGGAUUGUGAAGGAAAAGGCAGCACCCCAGACGAGAAGGGAACAAAUAGAGGAAGUGCUGGACAAGAGAGCGAGGGAAAGAGCGAACACGGAAACGACGAUUGAAAUUUUGGCAAUGAUGACAAAAAGGGACAAGAAGAAGUUAAGGAAAUUGGCGGAACAGGGAUACGAGAUUCAAUUGAAGACUCACGUAGAAAUCAAGGUAAUAAUUGGAAAAGACAGAGAAGUACUCAGAACCAACCUAAUUAACAUGAUUCCACUGUUUGCAGCGGUAUACGGACGAGAUUUCGUAAGGCAUAGGGAGGACGGGAUAACGCCGAACGAGCUGCUGGAAUACCUGAAGGAAACAGAGGCCGAAACGGUAAUAUGGUUCGUAAUGAAUGAGUGGAUUCUCUCGGGUACCAGAAUGGUACCCGAAGCAGUGAGGAGACAGGUGGAUGAGUUGAGAGCAACAAGAUAUGUCAAAGGAAAGAUGGAAGCGGGUAUUGAAACAACCACAGAAUCGGAAGGAGAGAAAUCAACGAGAGGAAGGACCAGAGUUAAAAGAGGAGAAGAAGGAUUUACGUCGGAUUCGGAUUACCACAGGGACACGGGAUCGGAGGUAGAGGUAGCAACGCUGGAUAGUGAAGCACUGACAUCCUCGGAAGAAGAGGAGGAAGAAGUAGAUUAUGAAGAGGAAGUGUCUGAAAUUCCCCCUCCAUACCAGGAGAGGGAGGAAGAAGGUAGAAUAUAUCCAAGAGUGGACAUAAGUGAAAGUGAAGAAGAAGAAGUAGAAAUGACAAAAGAGGGAGUGGAAGUGGACGUGAAGCCACCGAUUGCACCCAUACUCCCAACAAGGAAAGAAAGAUACGUCAGCUCAGAGGAAAAAGAAGAGAAGGAAGAUACGGAGGAAAGCAAGGCAAAGAUAAAGGAAAUGGUCAGAGGGAAAUUGGAUCUAACAUACGAACUAAGGGACGCACAGAUGGAGAACAGAAACCUGAAGAUAGUCUUGCAGGGGAUACUAGAUAGACUGGAGAAAAUAGAGAAGGACAGGGAAGAACCAAGGGUGGAAAGGAGAAUGGAGAAGCAAGAAGUAGCAGGGGCAAGCAAGAUUGAUAUUCCUGAAACACCCGAACUGAAGCCGGAACCAAAACCUAGGACGAGGCUGGCAGGAAAAGCUGCGGGCGAAGCGGAGUUCGAAAUAAAUGGAGAUAAACUGAAGAACUCGGAGAGACCAAGGUUCAGGAUUGCCGCAAAAGUUGCAGGAGGGGCAGAAUUCGAGUUGAACGCAGACAAGCUGAAGGAAUUGCACGAUAAAGUCACGGCGCCCUUCAGGAGCAUAAAGCAGAGCUGCGACAAAAUUGAAGGGAUAAUGAGGCUGAGAGGAGGAGAUGAUGAAGACAAAGAUGACGUCGAGGGGAAUAAAACUAAGGGGCAGGGAAUUAGCCAGCAGAAGAAAAGAAGCAGGGAGACCUCCCCAGAACUGGACGGAGAAGCGGAAUUCAGAUCGCAGGCAAGAAGUGAGAAGGAGAAACCGCCACCUACAAAGAAAGUACACACGCCGAGGAAGUUGGAAGGAAAGCAAGGGUUUACCCACAUCCAAGCGGCGGGAAACGUAGCUCUGUCGCCAAAGGUGAAGAAGCUGGAGGACCUGGUGGACCUUACCUCUAAUGAGGUAGACAGAAGUGAAAACGAGAGAGAGAGCAAUAGACGGGAAAGGGACAACGACAGCGACGAAUCGGAACAAGAGGAAGAGGAAACAAAGGACCAAGUAAAAAUGGAGACAGAGGACAACGAAGAGGAGAGGGAAAACAAGGAAGUAGGGUCAGAAAGGAGUGGAAAGAAUAGCCCAGACCCCAAGAGGAAACCAUAUUUCCGCAGCGUUAGUAGUAACAGUAGCAGAAGUGAAUACAUUCACCCGGCCCUGAGUGAGGAGGACAGGAAGGAAGCCUGGACGGGACUCACGGUGGGAGCCUACGGACAAGCGAUCCGCAAUGACCUAGUAGAGAUGAGGAAAAAAGUAGAGAACUCCAUUAAAAAAUACAGCAACGAAUCGAAACAGGAUUUCAGGAAAUGCGUAAAUUGGUACGAAAGAAAGAUAGAGGAUGUGAUGACACUGAGAAUAAAUAUGAAGAGUCUGGAAAGGACAGUAACAGAGGCUGUAAUAGAAAGCACAGAGAGGGUGCUAACACCAGAAUGCGCAGUUUUGCAAAAGGUUAUAGAAGCAUCAGUUGCAGAAACUAUAUCUAGAGCGAUGACAGAAAGGCUGGACGCGUUCUUGGAAUGCACAACGGAGAUGCUGGAAAGAAGCGUAACAGAAGUAAACAAAAGCAUUCGGGGCCAGAUGGAAGAAAGUCUGAAAGAAUUGAACAAAGGAAUGGAAAGUAUAAGGAACAAACCCGAAAAAGGAAUGGAGGAACUCAAAGAACAAAUGGUGAAAAGUAUGAAAGAAGAGAUGAGAACAAUAAGCAAGGAAAUACAGGAACGGGUAAACAAGGCGAUAGACAAACUACCUGAAGCAAAAACGGAAAAGCUACAGAGGAGCCUAGAAAAGAAGAUUGAGGACGGACUCAAAGGAAUGGCAGAAAAACUACCGGAAGCAAAAAUAAAAGAGCUGCAGAAGAAUAUGGAGAAGCAAAUCGAAGAUGGAUUCAAAGGGUUAGUAGGAAAACUGCCCGAAACAAAAACAACGGAGUUACAGAAGAAUAUGGAAAAGAAGAUCGACGAAGGAUUUAAAGGGCUGUUACAAAAACUGCCGGAAGCUAAAACUGUGGAGCUGCAGAAGAGUAUGGAAAAGAAGAUAGAGGAGGGAUUCAAAGGCUUAGCGGGAAAGAUACCCGAAGCAAAAACGACAGAAUUACAAAAGAGCAUGGAAAAGAAGAUAGAGGAAGGUUUUAAAGGACUGAACAGUAAAAUGGAGAAAAUGAAAUCAGAAGCAAAGAAGGAAGAUAAGGGUUGGAAAGUUAUAGAAACAAGAAACCAACCGAAGGAAAGAGACAGUUACGCAAGCAGACUGAAGGAGAUAAGGGGAAAAAGAGACCCAUCGGUAACGAAGAUAAUGGUAAGGAGUAAGAGUAAAAAGGAGGAGGGAGAAGAGGAAGAAAGGGAAGUGGAGGCUUCAGAGGUAAAGAAAAUGAUAAAGGAUGUAAAGCCGGAAGGAACUAUACAAGAAUUUAGCAGAAUAAAAGGAGGAGUCAUAGUUCAAAUAAAAACAGAUAAUAAGGAGAUAACGAGGAAGGAUCUGGAAAAGAAGCUCGAAGGAAAAAUGGAGGUAAAAGAACUACAAGAGAUUACGCCAACCCUAAAGAUAUUAGGGGUCCCCAAAGACAUGGCGGACGAGAAGGUAGUAGAACUCCUACACGAAGACAACCUGGCAGAUUUAAUGACUUUGGAGGAAGCCAAAAAGGAUGUGAAGAUUUUAAAUAGGUUUAAAGGAGGAGCUAAGUUCACCAGAACAGAUGUAGCCAUUAUUAAAGCAUCACAAAAGAUUGCGGAGGAAUUAUUGAAGAGAGAAAUAGUAUACCUUGACUUUGUGAGAUGCAGGGUUGAGGAGGAGAUCAGUGUCAGGCUGUGCGGAAACUGCGGAAUGCCAGGGCACAAGGCGGCCGACUGCAAGCGGGAACAAGUGUGCUUCAGAUGUGGAGAAAAAGAGCAUGUAAAAAGGGAAUGCAAGAAGGCAAUGAAGUGUGUUAACUGUGUGAGAGAAAAAAGGAAGAAAACCGACCAUGACGUGUACUCAAGAGAGUGCCCCACUUACAAGAGAGAAAUGGAAUUCCAACUGAGAAAGAGGAAGUGGGGAUGGAGUGAAGGAGAAAACUGGAGAGGGGACAGGAAGGAGGAGGAGGAGAAGAAAGAAAAUGAAAACGGAGGGGACGACCGGAAGGAAGUAUCAUGAAGAUUAUACAGGUGAACGUCGGUAAAAGUGAAGAUGCGAUGAACGAGUUGAGAGCGUGGUGUGUGAAAGAGAAGGUGCAAGUAGUACUAGUGCAGGAGCCAUACACAAGACCAGAGACCGGACUACCAGUAU